AUGGAACCACAAGCGAAAGCUCCAUCAUUGUCUCUGGAUGCCUAUGCUUCCAGCGCAGCCUCUGUCGCCAGUGUUCCUGCACAGGCUGUCUUCGUCCCAACUAAACUCCCACCAAGACCCACUUCAAGUCCCUCUACUCUCCUGCCUCCUACUUUUACGUACUCUUCCAAUGUGGUUGUCGAAUCGCCAAUCCCUGAAGGACAAGCAUUUCCUCGCGCGGAACCUGCCGAAACUAUGGCUGUGCAGACCCCCAUGGAAAGUGAAACCAAUAUGAAUGAAACCUCUCCCAUUCCAAUGGAUGAUAGCGCUAUGACGCAGCUGUUAGCCUCGAUAGAACCCAUUGGUCCACCAGUUGUGGAACCAAUGGAAUGUCAGUCGCAGCAACAACAGAAGAUGGGAGAGAAAGGGGUAGAGGAGGAGGUUGAAGAUGAGGAGAAAAGAGAGGAAGUAGAGACGGAUCAAAAGGAGCUAAAUUUGGAUGAAAGUGUGAGCGCCUCUAAAGAGCUUGAUACUACCAAAUCAAUUCCUCAGCCUUCUCUUCCUUCUCCACCAUCUAUGACGACCACUGCUGCAGCUGAUAUCGAUGUUUCAGUAGCAACAGUAGAAAACUCAAAAGUGGUAACAGAUGAGGUUGCUGAUACUGCUACUCACCUUCCUCUAUCACCACCGAAGUCGAAAUCGAAACCCGUUGUCCAGAUUGUGCGCAAACGAAGGCAUAUCUUGUCGACGCUGCAAAUGAUGCGAAGCUACGCGGACACACUACAGCCAGUAGAUUGUGUGAUUCUCGUGGAGCGUUGUGCUCCUUUCUCCAGGAACACUCGUUUCAUGAAGUACUUUAAAACAGAAUUUUUGUCCAAAAUCCUCAGUGAUUUAAAUGGUGGGCCUCCUGUGGAUAUGAAUUUUGGAAGAGAUGUAAGGCAUUUGCUUUUUAUAACUACUUUAUGGCUAUUAAAACUUCUUUGGGCCACCUCAUUUGCACUUGGAAAUGAAAUUUCAUUAAACCGCAAACCUUUAGAAAACUACUUUUAUUUCACUUUUAACUCGAGUCAGAAAACUACCUGA